CUUGAUUUAAAAAAACGACAGAAAAUUUUACAAAUAUAUUGUAUAUAAUCACACUUCUUGUUACAUGAGUACAAACUUAACAGCCUUGAACUUUCAUCAACACAAGAAUAUAUCUUCAAACGAAAUUAACGAAACAGAAUUUACAACAAAGGUAAAAUACAAUCCACCAAAUGUGAGAACAUGUAAUGACUAUUGCAAGCAUCCACAACCUCGUUUUCAUCUACACAGUGAAUAUACAAAGGUUGUUUUAGAUUAUCUCUUUAUCCCAUUCACUCAAUGCUUGCCUGGUUGCAAAGCAACAAAAAAUACUAAGAACAUCAAAACACAAACCCCAUAUGGUUCAACCAAGUUUGAAGCCAUUGAAGAACAUAAAUCUUGCAAUCUCUGGAACAAAAAAGUCCAUAAAAGUCCACCUUCUAGUAGCAGACGCAGAGAUCCAGAAAGUCGACCCCUCGUGCUAAAUAACGGAUUAUUUGUCUACAUCACAUCACCCAGAAUGAUGUUAGUUGCCUUCAUUCUCUCGACUGUCCUCAUCUCAAUACUCAUUCUGGACUGUAAUCUGUGUCAUCGCAAGAAAGGAAUGAUGUAUUCUAUAAAAAGUUGUGGAAAGAAUGAAGAGUGUGAAGACUGCGUAAGAAGACAGCAAACUAUGAUAGAAAUGGUUUAAGUAUCAGUAGUUUUUGUGUCACACUUCUGCUUGGAAUAAGACAUGAACAAAUGAAGCAGAAUGAAACGAUUAUUAGAAAACUUGUAUAAAGAAAAAAACUUUUAGAAUUUAUGCUACGUUCGCACGAAUAUCUUGUCAAUUACGAUAUUAAUCGAAUAAGUGUACUUUAAAUUUCUGUUACAGUGAUAUAAAAGACAAAUUAUGAAUAUGAAGAUUCAGAGCAAUA